AUGUACGCCGCGUGCGCAGGAGCUACGAUUAUCAUUACACCACCGCCAAUGGACAACGACUUCUUUGACAAAAUAGACGAGUACCAGGUGCAAGUGGUCUGUUGCUUUCCGGCCAUGCUGACGAGGAUAUCACUCGUCCUGGAAGAAACGGGUCGUCAAAUGGCGUCCGUCAAGAAGGUGCUCUGCGCGGCAGCGUCCAUACCUAGGAAGGUCGGCGAGCGAAUUCUACGGCACCUAAAUCUUACGGACUUCAAGAACUGCCUAGGGUGUUCGGAAGGACUAUCGCCGUACUGUGUGCCUCCUCCAGGGGAAACGGCGUUCGAAUGCGUCGGCUUUCCGUCGUCCAACGUGAGAAUAAAGGUGGUAGACCCUGACUCUGGUAGGGCUCUCGGACCCGGAGAACAUGGCGAGAUUUGGGUGCAGACGCCCAGUGCAACACCAGGUUACGUACUGCACGACGGCCAGCUUCAGCGCGUGGUGGACGACAAUGGCUGGCUUCACACAGGCGAUAUUGGAUACUACAACCAAGACGGACGCUUCUUUGUGGUUGAGCGACUCAAGAGCAUUAUCAAAUGCCGAGACUACAGAGUGUUUCCUCAUGAGCUGGAAGCUAUACUUAACACUCAUCCAGCAGUCAUCGAAGCCUGCGUCGUAGGGAUUCCAGACGAUGAAGUGACCGAAGCGCCAACUGCGUUUGUUGUGAGAAGCAAAAACGACCAUGGCGAACCCCUUGUAACAGAAGAGGAACUGGUGGACCUUGUAGCAAGCGAUAUUGGAUACUACAACCAAGACGGACGCUUCUUUGUGGUUGAGCGACUCAAGAGCAUUAUCAAAUGCCGAGACUACAGAGUGUUUCCUCAUGAGCUGGAAGCUAUACUUAACACUCAUCCAGCAGUCAUCGAAGCCUGCGUCGUAGGGAUUCCAGACGAUGAAGUGACCGAAGCGCCAACUGCGUUUGUUGUGAGAAGCAAAAACGACCAUGGCGAACCCCUUGUAACAGAAGAGGAACUGGUGGACCUUGUAGCAACUUCAAGCUACGCGCCCGGAAGGGAACAGGGACAAAAUGUGCCAAGUGGCCGCUAUGGCGCUGCGCACUCGGAGAGCGGUGGCGCCAUCAAAUGA